AUGACAGAAUACGGAAGUAUAAACCUGCAAAAAGCUACCAAAGACAAACUCGAAAAAUUCAACAAGUUAAGGGGCAAAGAGGUGAAACAUGGAGAAUUCUGGGAUCUUGUUGUUGUCACGGCGGCGGAUGAAAAUCAAAAAAGUGCAUAUGAACUUCAGAUCAAUGAGAAACUGGCACGGAAAGAACUGCCCCUUGGUGUCAGUUACCAUGUCUUUGCCGAUCCAAGUGGACACAAAAUAGGCAAUGGAGGGUCGACAAUGCACUCACUGCAGCUUCUGUGUGAAAAAUAUGAGAAAGCUCUAAGUGGAUUUAGAGUAAUUCUGAUACAUGCAGGAGGAUUCAGUCAACGGUUACCUAAUGCCAGCGCGCUCGGAAAAAUCUUCAUGGCAUUGCCUCUUGGAGACCCGUUGUAUCAGAUGCUGGAGCUCAAACUUGCCAUGUAUGUCGACUUUCCCGCGCACAUGAAGCCUGGCUUAUUAGUGACGUGUGCUGAUGACAUUGAGCUCUACAGUGUCCCGGACAAAGAGAAUAUUGAAUUUGAUAGGUCUGGCUUCACUGCCCUCGCACACCCAUCCUCGCUCUCCAUCGGAACUACCCAUGGCGUGUUUGUGCUGGAGCCAGAGAAAAAAUCCGGAGUCUGUGAAAUGGAACGUGGAUCCUGCUUUCGCUUUCUGCACAAACCAAGCAUUGAAAAAAUGCGCACAAGUGGUGCUGUGUGCCAGAGAGAGGAUGGCUUUGUGGCUUUAAGUGAUGCUGAGUUUGUGUAUACAGACAGCACAUACUUUGUUGAUUAUAGCACUGCGAUGAAGCUGGUCUCCCUGCUACAAGAAGUUGGGCCGUUAAGCUGCGAAAUCGACGCCUAUGGUGACUUCCUGCAGGCCUUGGGACCAGGGGCGACGGCAGAAUACACAAACAACACCGCCAACGUCACCAAGAAAGAGGGCAGCUUGGUGGAAAUCCGGCAGAAAAUGUUCCAUCGUCUUAAGGGAACCCCGCUCAACGUCAUCCUUCUCAACAACUCUAAGUUCUAUCACCUUGGAACCACAGAGGAAUAUCUUUUCCAUUUCACAUCCGAUCCUUGCCUGAGGGCAGAACUGGGUCUCCUCUCAGCUGCUUUCAGUAUCAGCCAGUGUGAGCCAUCUGAGAUUUCCACAGUCUGUGUAUUGCAUAGCAUCCUUCACGCUACUGCAGUUGUGUGCUCUGGCUCUGUGGUAGAGUACUCUAGACUCGGUGCCAAUGUCAAGGUUGGCACAAGGUGUAUCAUCAGUGGGUGCUGGAUUGACACAGAGCUCUCUGUUCCUAAUGAGACCUUCAUGCAUUCGCUAUGUGUGGACGUGAAUGGAACCACUGCAUAUGUGACUGUGACUCUCAGUGUUAAAGAUGACCUGAAGCAGAGCGUGGCCAGCCCUGCUGAGAUGAAUACACUAAGGCUGUUUGGAUCCACUUUGGGGGAGUGCCUGAACCGCUGGGGUCUGUGUGCUGAAGGCCUCAGGUUCUCGGGCGACAAGUCCAGCUGUAGCCUGUGGAAUGCCUGUGUUUUUCCUUUGUGUCCUGACCUUAGGAGUUCAUUCACCAUGACCCUGAAGAUGGUGCAGGCCUUACAAGAUGUGAACUCUGAAUUCUUAUUACCCAAAGGCACCAAAAUGCUAUCUUUGCAGGAGGUUCUGCAGAGCAAGAACUUGGAAGGCAUGUUAAAAUUCAGACAGGGGCUUUAUGAGGAAAUUCUUAGAGAGAAAUGAAAUUAAACACGUCCUAUAAGUGAAGAUAACAUGGAAU